GAAGGUAAAGGGGAGGGGGUGAUCCGCAACAACACGAGAUAAGCUUGAUUCGUUCAUACUUCAACCACUGGGGCUCUGCUGCAUCUUCGCCGUAUACCAAUCGCGAGGAAAUUAAGCGAAAACACGGCAUGAGCUCGACGGAAACCAGCGGCACCGACGCAUCUGCCUCCUUUUAAUAACCGGACGCGCGUUUCCUCUCCGGUCGACCGACUGUACCGUGUUCAGGAUGGGCAAAGAGGUGAACGGCGUCUCUCGGAGUCGCUUCGAGAUGUUCUCCAAUAAUGACGAGGCUGUUAUCAACAAGAAGCUGCCGAAGGAACUGUUGUUACGAAUUUUCUCAUUUCUGGAUGUAGUCACACUUUGCCGCUGCGCACAAGUCUCCCGAUCAUGGAACGUGUUAGCCCUGGAUGGCAGUAACUGGCAGCGCAUUGACCUCUUUGACUUCCAGAGAGACAUUGAGGGCCGUGUGGUGGAGAACAUCUCAAAACGGUGUGGAGGCUUCCUAAGGAAGUUAAGUCUUCGAGGAUGUCUGGGGGUCGGAGACAGCGCUCUCAGAACGUUUGCCCAGAACUGCAGAAAUAUAGAGCUGCUCAGCCUCAACGGCUGCACCAAGAUCACUGACAGUACCUGUAACAGCUUGAGUAAAUUUUGUCCCAAACUGAAGCACCUGGAUCUUGCCUCCUGCACCUCGAUCACAAACCUGUCCCUCAAAGCUCUGAGCGAGGGCUGUCCAUUGCUAGAGCAGCUGAACAUCUCGUGGUGUGAUCAGGUGACCAAAGAUGGCAUACAAGCGCUUGUGAGAUGCUGUCCAGGACUCAAAGGGCUGUUCCUCAAGGGCUGCACACAGUUGGAUGAUGAAGCACUUCAGCAUAUUGGAGCACACUGUCCAGAGCUGGUCACACUCAAUUUGCAGACGUGUUCACAGAUCACAGAUGAAGGUCUCAUAACCAUCUGUCGCGGGUGCCAUCGGCUGCAGUCUUUAUGUGUGUCCGGCUGCGCAAACAUCACAGACGCUAUUCUCAAUGCCUUGGGCCAAAACUGCCCUCGCCUCAGAAUAUUAGAGAUGGCUCGCUGCUCUCAGCUUACAGAUGUAGGCUUCACCUCACUAGCGCGGAAUUGUCAUGAAUUAGAAAAGAUGGAUUUAGAAGAGUGUGUACAGAUUACAGAUGGAACGCUCAUCCAGCUAUCUCUACACUGCCCUCGACUGCAGGUUCUGAGUUUGUCUCACUGUGAGCUCAUCACUGAUGAUGGCAUCAGGCAGCUGGGCAGCGGACCCUGCGCUCACGACCGACUGGAGGUGAUCGAGCUCGACAACUGCCCGCUCAUUACAGACGCGUCUUUAGAGCAUCUGAAGACCUGUCACAGCCUGGACCGCAUCGAGCUGUACGACUGUCAACAGAUCACCCGUGCCGGCAUCAAGCGCUUGAGGACUCACUUGCCCAACAUUAAAGUCCACGCCUACUUUGCACCCGUGACUCCGCCUCCAUCGGUGGGCGGGAGCCGCCAGAGAUUCUGUCGCUGCUGUAUCCUUCUAUGAUGUAAAACGGACUGUGCAUCUUGACCUCUCAGCCCCCGAUCUACCUAGAGCACAUGCUGGUGGGUCCCUGGGUCAGAUCGGAUGGGAGUGACGGAGAGACAAACCCCACACCCACUCAUGAGCUUUAAUCAACACUACAGUCCAUUCAGUGGCUUUAUACAAGACUUGUAUGGUAAUUAAAGUGGAUGAUUUGGGGAAUGUGCUACUUUGCUCAUCACAAACUAUUAGGAGAAGAGAACAGUGGGGCUUUUAUGAGAAAUAUACGGCCACUACAAAACUUCAUUGUGGUUACGCAGUCGCUGAUGUUCCUUGUUUUGGGAUGGACCACCUCAGUUUGAUUCAAGAUUAUGGUAGACAGGAGACGAUCAUACAGUAACCAGCUCAUGGAUUCAUGCCUCAUCUGUAACACACAGUAACGGUGGUCUUUAACCUGUGAGCCCCUGAGGAGCCCAGCUUUGAACACACAUUCAGACACAUCUCUCACAUACACACACACACACACACACACACACACAGAUCGUCUGUGUUGCUCUCAGUGGCUUUGUUAAACUUAGAGCAGAGACUGAAUAUUCUCAAAGCAUGAUUGUCUUCCGAGUCUUUUCUUCAAAUAAGUCUUUACAUGAAAAUCUCUUUCGGAAGGGGUCUGAGUUUCAGCCGGCCGGGUGGAGAAGCAGGGGCAGAUGUGAGGUUAAAGUAAAUGAGGUGAGAGGGAAAACGGGAACUGUAUUGAGCUGAUGAGUGUGUGUCACGCAUGAGAUUACAGCAUCUUGUGUGUGUGUGUGUGAGUGAAAAUCUGUCAUUCAUGAUCAUGGAGAGAACGGCAGUGGGCUUCAUUCACGAAACAAGCAGAAUGAAUUUCUCUCAUAAAUCCAUUAGUUCACCUAUGAGCACUUUUGGCCUUGUGGUCUUUAAGAAAAGAAAUGCCCUUGAAACACACUUUUUUUUUUGUUUUGUUUUUCACGUUCAUGAUUUAAUUGAAAUGCAUUAAAUGUAAUUGAAUACAAAAUGUAAUAAUGAUUUAAUGAAUGAUUUUCAUAGUUUUUAAAUAUCAAAAUAUCUAUAAAUGUAAAUAAAAGACAUUAGUAGAUGAAAACAAACUGUGAAGGCCGGAUAUUAAAGCUGUAAAGACCAUUUUAAAUAUGCCAGUGAGAUAUAGAAGUCUGACAGGUUUAAGCAAACGGAAAUGUCUGAAGGAAUGUUGUUACACAGAAAUGAAUUUGGUCUUGUGUUUCAUGAAUGAUGCCGGAGGUGUUCGCAUCUGUUUUUUCCCAUCAGUUUCUGUAAACAGAUUUCCUCAUUGAAAUGAGUUGCAAAUUACGUCAAAUAUUUCAGUAGGGCUUCAUGGGAGGAGAUGUGGUGGCCUAAUAGCUUUAAAUUUUUCAGAUAAUUAUAAUACUUGAUGAAAACUGCAAUUACAUUAAGCCACUUUCAGUUUCUUCAAAAAGUACUCCCACUAGUACACUUCAGACCGAGAGCCCAGCGGCUAGGAUUAACACUGAACACAUCUGGUUUCUGUCACACACUUUCGUAGAAAGUAUUUCAGCAGAUCGGAGUUAUAAAUGCAAUAAAAGCCGUAUUUUGACGUAGGUUUUCAGUAGGUUGUGAUGGUAUGAGACGUGUAGAUGUCAUCAGGUGCUUUGUCUUUUUCUUUGCUAAUGUUCCGUCAGGUUUAUUCUACACCUUCUAUUCAUUCUGUCCUUGUGGUUUCUGCUCUCGACUUUGUCCGCUGCACAUAAGGCACAUCCUAACUUGCAAUCAGAGAUCUGUUUUUUUGACCUUGAUGUGAUCAUUUUUAGUGUGUUUUGUGACACACUUCUGUGAUUUUACUGCCACUUUUAAAGUGACUGAAGUGACAGGUUUAAGACAAUCAGAGAUCAACAAAAUGAUUUUAGAGCUAAACAAAGGUGAAUUCUGAUUCACAUAAAACAAACUUCACAGAGACAAAUUGCAGCCCAAGUGCACAAAAACCAAUUCUCUGCUUUCUCCAGGCAUGCAUUCAAUUUCAGGAAGUAUUUACAUUAACAACACCUGAGUCAUUUUGGAGAAAUAAGGCCACUUCCUCCAUUCCAACGGUUCCGGUCUAAUAGCCAUGGAAUUUGUCAAUAUCAUUUCAAGGUCAUAUUUCAUUCUUCAAAAAGUAGGGGUUUUAUGUUGUCCAUAAAGAAAUGAAGCUUAUUUUAAGAGAAAUAUGAUUUCUGCAUUGUGAAUUGUUUGUCCAUACAGUUAAGGAAACUCAAUUAUAAUUAUACACUUGGAUUAAUUGGGUAUUCUUGAUGAAAAUGGCCUUACAAAGAGUUUAGGGUGAAAUGUGGCUUUGAAAAGUUAAGGUGAAAGUGAUAGUCCACCCAAAAAUGGAAAUUGUCAUCUUUUACUCGCCCUCAGUUUGUUUCAAAUCUGAGUUUCUUUCUUUCUUGUUGAACAAAAAAGAAGAGACUUUGAAGAAUGUUGGUAACCAAGCGGCUGGUAGCCAAUGAACUCAUUUUGAACUUGGUGGCUACCGUCAGCUGUUCAGUUACCAGUGUUCUUCAAGGGAUCAUCUUUGGAGAUUAAGAGAUGAAAAACGGUUAGAGGGGUGAAUGAUGACUGUGUACUAUCACGUUCGCACAUCGCUGACAUCCUGUACAUGCCGUUUACACAUGACUAGCUGUCACACUUUGCUUUGUGGAAUGCCACUUGGGAAGUUUGUAAACUAAUGAAACCGUUCAGUUCGUUACUAAAAACAUGAUCUUAUCACAAUCUCAACAAAGUUUAGGACCGUGCCGAGAUGUUCUAUUCUUCUUCCUGCCAAUAAGAUAAGAGCCAACAGCAAUGCUUAGUCACUUUUAGAUUUCCUCACCAGCUCCAGUGUCCCUUCCUCACAUUUGUCUUUUAUUAAUAUUGCAGUUAAGUGAGAAAGUGAAUCCCAAACAGUUGCACAAAGUCAAAAUAUGACCUGUGUACCCCCCAUAAUACAAGUAUUGUCAUUUUAAACUGUAUAGUGUUACAGAGUUCACCAUACCGGCAAGGCCUCAAAACAUUAACAUAAUUUCUUUAUAGUCAACAAUACCCUAAAUCUUAAUCAUCAAUGCAGUUUGUUUCACGUUAUGUUUAAAAAAAGGCCUGGCCCUUGUUCCUGCAUUUGGCUGUUUUAUUGGAUUUAUCCUCAUCUUUGAUGCCCAAUAAGUUCUGUCCUUUUCUUUUCCAUCUAUUUUACAUUCUCAUACACACACACACACACACACACCACACACACACUCUCAAUCAACAUAGUUACCGGUGCACUUAUUUUCAAUGAGUGUGUUGAAGUCUGAUUUUAAGACACCUAGACAAAUGUACAAAUCUGGGGGUCACAGUUUGAGAGGAUAAAAUAUGUGAUCAGGGCGACGUGGACAUGAACUCUGAUUGAUGUUGGUCCUUGGGGAUUGAAACCUUCACAAAGACUGUAUUAUAUAUAUAUAUAUAUAUAAAAAAAAGAUAUAUAUAUAUAUAUAUAUAUAUAUAUAUAUAUAUAUAUAAAAUUAACCAAUAUAAAUGGAUAUGGCAGUAUGAAUAAAUAUAUAACUAUAUAUUAUUAAGAGCUGUGUGAACUUCUGUUAUUGUUUGGCCGGAUGCUUGUCACUUUUUCACAAGGUUGACAUGGAGGUUCAGAGACAAUGAAAUAGUUUUUAAAGUGAUCUUCAUAUUUAUGAGCAUACAUACCAAGUAGUAUAUUAUUCUGUUAAGAAUAAUAAUUAUAGGGGGAAAUGAAUCCACCUUACAAACAAUCUAAAGCAGUGUAUGAUUUACCUCCAGUGCUUUGCUUCUCCAAAAGAGGGCAGUAAACGCUCUUCCUGAAGUAAAAGCCCAACUCUCUUUACACCUCAAUGAUAAAGUGCUGACUCAUGCAAGCGGAUGAACCACACCUUGGGGAUUUUUAUGACACAAACAAUGCACUGGUUUGACCUGGAUCAAAGCAGCAAGUAAAAAACUGAUGUGUAUCGGAGUCUAUUUUUAUGUUGGUAUGAUAAACCGAGAUCAUGAGUAAAAUGACGUGUGUUUGAUGAGGGAAACUAAAAUGUGAUGUUAUACUGAAAAAUACAAGCCCUCAUAACAGACAUAAACGUGAAAACAAAUAAACCGUACAAGAAUACGUUUUGCAAUAUUAUUGAUUUUACAUUAUUUCGUUGAGCAGAAGAGACUUAUUACUAACAUCUUUA